AUGGUGCCCAAGGCCCAGAGCAUUGAGCCCAAGGAGAACAAGGGCAAGAAGUAUCCCAUCCUGGACAUCUUCACCGACCGUGAGACUGCAAUUAUUCUUUGCACAGUUGCCAAUGCAGCUCUGAUGCCUGAGGCUAACUUCGAGCAUGUCGCAAAGCAAAUGGACAUGAAGAAUCCGCGCUCCAUCGCCAACGCAUGGGGUGAAAUUAAAAAGAAAAUCCGUGACUACCAAACCAAGCUGCCUGAGGACCUCCGCAUGCCAACUCCAGCACCUGUUGAUGCCGAAGGGCCUGCUGCGCCUGCUGGCCGUGCCAGGUCUGCCAUAUGCCGUCUCCACGGCUCUGGCCGCGUCCAGAAGCCUGAGGGGGCUUCUGGCGCUGGUGAUAAGCGUGGGCGCCCUCACAAGGCGGUUGCUGUGUCUGCCACUGCCGCUGCCCAGAAGUUGGUCACUCCCAUGCCCUCUGCAGAGGAUGAGGAAGCUGGGGGGGAGGGCAAGGAGUAG